CCAAUUAGUGUUUUAGGUGGAGGAAGUGGCAGUCUCGACUUGUACAAAGUAAGUUUUAGUGUUACCACAACAGAAGGAUAUAACGUGCCCGUGGGAUAUAAGUGGCAAUCUAUCGUCCCCUUAAUAAAGGUGCAACUGAAUGGAUGCAUCGUGAGGAAGUGGAAGUGCGCGAGGCGGUGGAGUCUACAAUUAUGAGUCGGUCUUGACAUCGACUGAUGAGGACGAUGAGCGAAGACACCAACCCUCCAGCGGAAUCGCCCAGAGACAAAGAAUCCGAAGGUGCCAUGAAGGGAAGGAGAAAUGGUGAUAAGUCCGUCCGACUUUCGGACGGAUACAGCGUGGAAGAGAUUGAAUGGAGUUCACCCAGUAGAAGGGGAGGAGUAGUGCGUGGUAAAGUGGUCAAGUCCAACGCAAACGAGGAUUACAUCAGCUAUUAUAGUUAUCAAGACAACCAGGAAUACAGAACGGGAGAUUCAGUUUACAUCGACAUGCAAAGACCCGAUCAACCUUACAAUAUAUGCACCAUUCAGGAUUUCAGGAAGAGCAAGAAGGACCACUUGGUAGUUAACGUCAGAUGGUAUUACAGACUCUCCGAAGUACCAGAAACGGUUUAUCAGUUGCUCGUUCAAGAUCGCAACACAGAAAAUGGUGAGUAAAAGCUUUCACUUAACCAUAAAACGCCACAACCAGUCAUCACUCUCCAAUGCACAAACGACCAGGAGCUGUCUGCCAAGCCAGAUACGAAUUUGUUAGUUCUCUAGAUGUGUUUGACGUUCUCUUCUUUAUCCUUUAUCAAUGCUGACUGGCGCUUUACCUCCAGCCAAACUGGCGAGGCUGCUGACUUCAGAUUGUCGUGUGAUGGCUGGGUUGGAUUUAUGCGCGUUUAGCUGUCACCUGUCGAGAUGGUAAAGGCAUGUCUGGUCAACACAUCAAACAGAUAUGAGCUCCAAGGAAAGAAAAAAAAAAAAGAAGAAUUCCUCCCGGAUAAUAACUACUAAUACGUUUGAUCUUAUUGCAUUUUUUAGCAAUGGAACCGACUGGAAAAAUAGUUUAUAUUCCUAUAAACUUAUGUCACUCGUUAUAUAUACUAUAUAACAAGUCGAGUUCCAUUAUGUAGUAGUGGUACACGUACUCUUCCUUCCUUAAAUCUUUAAGAGAUUCUUCUAUUUUAAAACGUUUUGGUAUGGUAGAUUAUUAUUAUUAUUAUUAUUUUUAGUAAUUAAAUUAAUUAAAUCGAUGUCUGGUUUGCAUAUAAAUUACCCACUCCAGUUCUAAUGUUAUAUUUAGAGCAGUGGAGUGGUUAAUUUCUUCCACUUGUAAGAAAAAAAGUUAUCGCGAUUUUGAUAAUUUAUCAAUGACAUUACAUUUUUGAUUUAUAAAUAAACUUACAUAAACCAGAAUUUUAAGAUUAUUUAAUAAACUGCAACGGAAGAAAAGGAGAAGAGGAAGAGGAGGAGGAGGAAGAAGAAGAAGAAAAGAUGCUAAUGUAAACUUUGGCAAGCUGCACAGAAUCAAUUAACUUCUAUCUUAUUUUGAUACAAUUUCUCUAAAUUUACGAAUAAGUAAAAAUAUCUAAGCAUUUAGUUUAGGAAUUGUUUUUUAGAAUGUCGACGUGCCAAACUUCCCUAUUAGAUUCCUUAUUGAGAAUCGCUCAUCCGCAUCUCAUUAAAUAAUAAUAUUUUUUCUUAUACGCUUGAGUUCUUCUCGAAUUCUUUAUAUAACUAAUAUAAUUAUAUCUUAAUUUUGCAAUACUAGAUUUUUAUUAUUUCCUGUAAAAAUAUAAUUUACAGAAGAUUUUCCUCUUCUUUCGUUCGAAGAUCCACACACACACACGCUCUUAGCGUGCUGUUUCUUGUACGCAAAACGAUGGUUUAAACAAAACCAAAUACAAGGAACCGAAAUACAAUUGAAGAGGGAGAGGAUAUUAUUGCCGUUACAUACAUUAAACAAAUUAAAAGAGUUCCCUACACGAAAAAAAACAAGGUGUUUCUCCUAUAGAUUUUCGUUAAUCAGACUGUGCAAUUUAGUAUUUAGGUCAUGCAAACUGUACGCAUCUUGUAUAACGUUAUACAAGAUAAGUAAGUGAGUUUGAUCCUACCCACGCUUUGAUAAAAGCGAGAGCGUAUUCCAUCCAGUAAUUCGAUAAUUGAAUGAGAAGUCCAUGGCAUAUUCUUCACGAAUGUUUUGCCGGGGAGGAAAGACCAUUUAAUGAAAAUGGUCUUUCUUUCAGAGAACAAAUAAAAGUCAGCGGAGCGUACACAGUAUUAAAUCGUACUUACUGCAGUCGCUUGGCAAACACAGUGAGGAUUAAAAAAGGAAAAGGAAAAAAAAAAUAUGGAGAAAUGAAGAAGUAAAAAAAAAAAAGAUGUCUGAAAGAAAGUCAGCUAGACUAGUUAUUACUGCGUAGAAAGCGUGAAAUGAGAGUUGAAAUCACCUGGCAACCAGACUAUAAUCGAUUUCCUUAGCUUGAAUUACUUGGCACGCAAAAGAAAUCGCGGCCUACAACUUAAAUUCUCUCUCUCUCUCUCUCUCUCUCUCAUUCCCACCCUUAAUAGUCGGGCAUAAAUGUCGUCGAUGAGAUGACAUUGUGUAAAAAUUCUUUUUCUCCUUCCCCCCCCGGUUGAUUCCAUUUUUCACCUACUUACAGCCGUGAUAUUCUUAUUUAUAUUUUUCUAAGUACCGGAAAUCAUGGCCGAGAGAAAAAAAGAAAAGAAAAAUAAAAGAUGUUAAAAGGAUCGUGUUUCUCUUUGGACUAUUAAAGCGACGGUUGUAAUCCGAUCUCUUUACAUAAUGCAAUUGAUACUUCAUACUGUUAGGUCAUAAAAGAAUACAGAAAUACAGAAGUUGCGGCCGAAGUUUUCAUCUGUAAAACGUGAACGUCGAACGUCGAGCGCGGCGCUCUCGACGUUCGACGUAAUUAAACGUUUACGUUCGACGUUCGACGUAAUUAAAAGCUAGAAUAAUAAUUUUUAAUUAGAAUUUAAUAAUUCCUCUUCCUCUUUUAAUAUUUAAAUUCAAAUAUAUUGGGAAUUGAUGACGUAGAAAUUUAAGGCGGUACGAGUUAUUCUACGAUUGGUCGAUUUAAAAAAAUAAAAUAAAAUUAUGUAAAUUUCGAUAACGCUCAGUUUCCUGUAUUUACAAUAAAGAUUGUAUUGUAGAUAAUUGUUUUAAAAAUAGAAUUUUCCUGGUGUUACUGCUACAAUUUAAAAAAACACACUUCAUUUAUACCUUUUGUUUAAUCUUUUAUUCAUUUAUUGGUGUAGAAAAAUAGGAAUUUUAUGGUACUCCAUAGCUUGAAAAGGUUGAUAAAUAAUGGCAUUUUAUUAUCAGCCCAUCUUAUUAACUAUUUAUCCAUAAAUUAGCAUUUGCAAGUAGUUUAUAUUAACGAGGGGAAGGUUCGGAUCUGUAGAUAAAAUCUGCACCUAUUUGAAGGGUUAUGGUAGAAUGAAUUCUUUAUUAACAUGCUGAAAAAAAAUAGAAAACAGAAAACAAUUAAGAUAAUUUAUUAGCUAGAAUCUGCUCGUUAAACUUUGUCCGGAUAUCUGAGUUGCUAGAUGGUUUUAGAUAUCCGGUUGAAGUCCAAUCAUACAAGUUAGUUUAGUUGGUUUAUUUGUAUUUUAAAUGAUUUAAGAGUUUGUUCGAAAUGUUGAUGAGGUUCUUUAUUUUCCAACUUGAAUAACUUACUGUUUAGAUAAUUAUAUCUUAUGUCACAAUGCCUAAUUAGGAUAUGUUAAAUUAAAUAUUAUUAUUAUUAUUAGUUCAGCCACUUAGUUUUAGUUGAUUGUAAUAUAUUGCAAUCAACUCUGUUUGUUCCUUUCAUAUAUUUAAUGCAAUUACUCAUUUAUCGUUUCAAAUUUCUAGAAAUUUUAAGUAACUUUAAUGUGUUUUUUUUUUUUAAUUUGAGCGCGAUAUCAAGCAUUAUUGCGUAAUUAAGUGAAGUAUAUAUUGCUCGUAAAGUUAUAAGUAACAGUUUUAGACAUAGGUAAUGCAGGUUUUUUGUAGGGCCUUGCAUUUUUUAAGGCUUCGGAUAUCCGCGUGCGCUUUUGUACAAAUCCUACUAGGUUAGAUUCUAGAGUUUUUUUUUAACUCUUUCUGUCCUGUGGGCAUUAAGAGGACCUUUUUUACUGAUCUUUUGUGGGUUUGGCCAAGCCGCAACAGGGAUGGUCAGGUGGUAAAUGCCAAAAUAUCGAGGGUUUAUUACACAAAUUUAAUCCCAGGUCGCCAGAACAGCAGGCUAAUGACUUUACCACCUCAGCCCUUCAACUGUCCCUCACCUAGACGAGCAAAAUAUCAAUUAAGUUUUGAUAAGUUAUAACAUAAUGUAUUGUAUUCUAUUAUAAUAUAUUGUAGAGGCUGUAGAUGAAUAUGACACAUUCAAGGCCUCUUUUACACUACAAAAGAGCUCUUGCAUGCUCUAUGCUCACCAACAGCCUCUGCAAUUUAAAAUUGUUACUGUAUAUUACUUGAUUCUCUUAGUACCAAAACAAAUUUUUAUAUUCUUUUGAACAAAUAAAAUACAGCAAAUAUUUAAGGGAAAAAAUAUAUAUCAUUCGCAUUUUUAAUUAUUACAGUAUAGUUUAAUCUUCUUAUUAAGUAUAUUCGUAAUCAUUGAUAAAGGAAGAUGAAUCAUACAAAAAAAAAAUAACAUUUUUUACAAGAAAGAUAAGGAAAAAAAAACAUUUAAUAUUUAAUUCAAGUAAUCAGAAUUAAUUAAAAAUAAUUAUUUCAAGGUUUAUAUGUUUUAUACUUAACAAUAUUUUAACAAUAAUUUAUUACUGAUGCAGUGUUUAAAAGUAUAGGAUUAUCCAAAAGUUGGUUAACCAAGUUAACUGACUUUGCUGUAACUUGAUUAACCAACUUUUGAGCCAUUCUAUAUUAUGCAGAUUCUUAAAAAAAUUUAAAAAAAAACAAAAAAGAAUUAUUAAUUGUUUUUAUA